UGCGCUUAGGGGCUUGUUCAGACCGAGUCAUCCAGACACGCACAAGCUUCAAGCACUUGUCCAAGCAGCUUGUCGUUUGAUCAAGUCCCAAGUAAACAUUAGCCUAUGGCUGCCACAGUUUCAACCGUUGGAACUGUUAACCCGUUGAGCUUGAACAGCUCGAGCUCUGGAGACUCCGUCCCCCGUUCGGUCUUCUUGGGCAGCAGCCUAAAGAAGGUGAACUCCAGAUUCACCUCCCCAAAGGUUUCAUCCGGCAGCUUCAAGGUUGUCGCUGAAGUUGAAGAGGACAAGCAGACCAACAAGGACAAAUGGAAAGGCCUCGCCUUCGAUACUUCUGAUGACCAACAGGACAUCACCAGAGAAGGGAUGGUUGAUUCACUCUUCCAGGCUCCCAUGGGGACCGGAACUCAUUAUGCGAUCAUGAGCUCAUACGAUUACAUCAGUGCUGGCCUUCGCCAAUACAACCUGGACAACAACAUGGAUGGUUUCUACAUUGCUCCUGCUUUCAUGGACAAGCUUGUAGUUCACAUCACCAAGAACUUCAUGACUCUCCCUAACAUCAAGGUUCCUCUGAUUUUGGGUAUCUGGGGAGGCAAGGGUCAGGGCAAAUCCUUCCAGUGUGAACUUGUCUUUGCCAAGAUGGGAAUCAACCCCAUUAUGAUGAGUGCCGGAGAACUGGAAAGUGGAAACGCUGGUGAGCCCGCAAAAUUGAUCAGGCAAAGGUAUCGUGAGGCAGCUGAUAUCAUCAAGAAGGGCAAGAUGUGCUGCCUCUUCAUCAACGAUCUCGAUGCUGGUGCUGGUAGGCUCGGUGGGACCACUCAAUACACUGUGAACAACCAGAUGGUGAACGCUACCCUCAUGAACAUCGCUGAUAACCCGACCAAUGUCCAGCUCCCCGGUAUGUACAACAAGGAGGAGACCCGGGUCCCCAUCAUCGUCACUGGUAACGACUUCUCCACACUGUGCCCUCUCAUCCGUGACGGUCGUAUGGAGAAAUUCUACUGGGCACCAACUCGCGAAGACCGCAUUGGUGUUUGCAAAGGUAUCUUUAGGUCCGACAAUAUCCCCGAUGAAGACAUUGUCAAACUCGUUGAUAACUUCCCCGGCCAAUCUAUUGACUUCUUUGGUGCCCUGCGUGCUCGUGUCUAUGAUGACGAAGUAAGGAAGUGGAUCUCCGGUGUUGGAGUUGACAGCAUUGGAAAGAAGCUCGUGAACUCAAAGGAGGGUCCCCCAACUUUCGAGCAGCCGAAGAUGAGCCUCGACAAGCUCCUUGAGUAUGGAAACAUGCUCGUUCAGGAACAGGAGAACGUGAAGAGAGUCCAGUUGGCUGACAAGUACUUGAGUGACGGCCUCGGUGAUGCCAACAAAGAUGCCAUGGAGAGCGGAACCUUCUUCAGCUAGAAUGCUCACUCUGGAAGUUUGAUUGUUUGGUGUGUUCAUCUGUCGUUCCUAGUGGUAGCAAAAUGAGGAGUCAUAAGCUCAUACUUUAUGAAUGCAAGCAAGCAACGGAUUCCUUUCACAUGACAAGAACUAGUUUCGACAGCCAGAAUUGAGAGCUGUAGUUGCAAGCACCAGGACAUCCUGUCUUUGUUGUUUCUUUUUUGUGCUAUAUUAAAAAAAAAAAAAAAAAAAA